CAGGAAGAUCAAUAUUCUGGAAUGGCCCCACUGAAGCCCAUUGAAUGUGACCUGGCAGGUCACUACAGUGUUGGUUACAGAAACUGAGUUGGACAUGCCUUUAUUUUCAGCAUUGUGUCCCAGUGUCUGAAGUUACUAGUAACAAAAGUCUCUGCUGAUAUCUGUUCAUCUUGCAAUGCAAUUUUAUAAAUGCAUCUGCCAGUGUGUUUAAAAAUGCAGCAAAUAAUGAUUUAAAUGAUUUAAUUUCCCAUUUCGUGUUUUAAAGCUUGUCCUCUUAACAGGCUGGCCAAGUUAACGUAUAUGAUAUUUGUAUGCUAAUAUUACCACAGGCUGGAGAUUCAAGCCAAAUACUGUUUGCCCUUUGAGGUUUUGCCCCAAAUUGAGGAAACGGCUACACUGGCGGUGAUUUUCAAAAUGUCUACACACUGAAUUUAAUCCAAAUAAUUUCAACUGAAACAAGCGUGACAGUGCUCCUUUAAGUAGAGGAUGUGCACUUGUGACUGCUUACCCCACUCUCCCCAAUAAGACAUGUUUUUUGGAUAAGGCAGCAAGAGCAUAAAUUGGCAUUGGCAUUCUUUCAAAUUGGCACUGCCCAAGCAUCAAAUUAUUGAUUAAAAACCAUUUUAUUGUCCAUUGUUUUAUGAUUCUGUUUGGUUAUCCUGUAACGACAGACAGUCUCCUUUCAAAUCCAGAAGGAGAAUAAAAUAGAUGUAAGAGUGGCUUUAAUGGUUCAGUGAAGGAAUGUAGACAGUCAAUUAAUAACACUGUGAUCUCUUUUAGCUGUAGGAUACAAUUCCAUCAUCAACAUCACAACAAGGACUGCAAACUCGAAACUAAGAGGACAGACUGAAGCAUUGUACAUCCUGACCAAGUGUCUUAAUACCAGAUUUGAGUUCAUUUUCACCAGUGUGGUUCCUGGAAGCCCAAGACUGUUCACAUCUGUCAUUGCAGUCCACAGGGCUUAUGAAACGUCCAAAAUGUACCGUGACCUGAAACUACGAGGAGCUCUCAUUCAGAAUAAGCAGCUGAGACUGUUGCCUCAAGAACAAGUGUAUGGCAAAAUUAAUGGCGUGUGGAAUCUAUCCAGUGAUCAGGGCAACCUGGGAACAUUCUUUAUCACCAAUGUGCGAAUUGUGUGGCAUGCAAACAUGAACGAGAGCUUCAAUGUCAGCAUACCUUAUCUCCAGAUUCGUUCCAUCAGGAUAAGGGACUCAAAGUUUGGAUUGGCAUUGGUGAUCGAGAGUUCUCAGCAGACAGGAGGAUACGUACUUGGCUUCAAGAUUGACCCUAUGGAGAAACUACAGGAUGCAGUGAAAGAGAUUAACUCGCUGCACAAGGUUUACUCUGCAAGUCCCAUCUUUGGAGUGGACUAUGAGAUGGAAGAAAAGCUGCCAACCAACUGCAAAGCAUCAUAG